GAGAGAAACUAGGGAGGAAAUCGGUUCGAUGGCCAGUCCCAUUAAUGGAUCCAUUAGCUUCCUCGUCUAUGCUUUUUUGGUUUCUUUCUCCCUAACUCUCUGCUCCCCAAAUAAAGGAUUUGCUUUGGCUGGUGGAGAGACUUUAAACUACCAUAUGGUUAAAAUCAGCUCUCUCAUGCCAUCUUCUGUUUGCAGCCCUUCCACCAAAGAUCAAAGCAAGAGGGGAUCACUUAAAGUUGUUCAUCGACAUGGACCAUGCUCUCACUUAAAUCAAGACCAAGCCAGUGCUCCAACAAUGACCCAGAUCCUCUCUCAUGACCAAUCCCGAGUCGCGUCAAUUCACCGCCGACUUGGCUGGAAGAAGGCCCAAAACAGAACCCAGGGAUUGAGAGCCACCCUCCCGGCCAAUCCCAUUCAUCGAUUCGAUAAAUUCUACGUGACGGUUGGACUUGGAACUCCCAAAAAGGAUCUAUCUCUCGUCUUCGACACUGCCAGCAGUCUCAGUUGGACUCAGUGUGAGCCAUGCACAAAGUGCUACAAUCAAAAAGAGCCCAUAUUCAACCCGUCCGCGUCGGAAUCAUACAGAAACAUAACUUGCGACGCACCGCAAUGCUCCCAACUCACCUCCGCCACCGGAGUCUCAACCGAUUGCUCCACCGCCACCUGCGCCUAUGGCAUUCAAGACGGAGGAGAUAUCGAGGGAGACUCCUCCUCUGUUGGAUUCCUCGGCUACGAAAAACUUACCAUAACUCCCUCUGAUGUUUUCCCCAAUUUCAUCUUCGGCUGCGGUAGAAACAACCAAAACCCCUUCUACGCUGCUGACGGACUGAUCGGCCUCAGCCGCGACCCCUUAUCCGCCGUCUCCCAAACUGCUUCGAAAUACGGAAAUUACUUCUACUGUCUUCCAACACCGAUUAGCACCGGAACCCUAACUUUCGGAGAGGGGGGAACGAAUUCCAAGAAUAUCAAAUUCACUCCGUCACCCGUGAAUCCAAAAGCGCCGUCGUUUUACUUCGUCGACCUCAUCGGGAUUAAAGUCGGCGGAAGUAGGUUACCGGUCUCCGAAUCAGUGUUCAAAACUCCCGGCACCAUAAUCGACACCGGCACCGUCAUCACAAGACUUCCAUCCGUGGCUUACGCUGCUCUCCGUACAAGUUUUCUGGAAGCGACGAAGGGUAGCGGCUUCCGGAGUGGAUAUUUUUCAUUUUUAGACACGUGCUAUGAUUAUACAAUGUACGAUGUAGUGAAGAUUCCGAAGAUAAGCUUCUUAUUCGGUGGGAAUAUCGAGGUCCCGAUCAAUGAAGUGGGGAUUCUCUACUUCCACGAUUGGAAGACGGUUUGCCUUGCGUUCGCCGAAAACAGCAAUGCCUCCGAUGUGAGUAUUUUGGGGAGUUUGCAUCAGGAAACUUUGGAUGUGGUUUAUGAUAUUGAGGGUGAGCAGAUAGGGUUUGGGACUGGAGGGUGUUCCUAAAUAUGUGUUAAGCCAAUCAUGCUACAGACACCGCUUCUUAGUCACUCUCUAGACGCUCCCCCCUCACAAGCAGUGGAGCUUGCAGAUGUGUGGAGCCCACUGCUUGUGGGAGAGAAAUGUCUGUAAAAUGGUUGAGAGACGUGUCCCCAGCAUUUCUAAAAACUACAAGAAUGAACAUGUUUGGUAGCGGAUCAAAAAAAAAAAAAGAACUUGUUUGGUAGAAUGUGAAAUAAGACGGUCAGAAAUAAUCAGAGCAGUCUGUGGGUUUAUGUGUGGUUUUUAUAUUAAGGUUUGGCAAGCAAAUAUGUACACAUGCAAUUCAUGUUUGUGUUUGUGUUUGUAAGUUAAAAGUUGCAUGGUGUUCAUGAGGCAACUUAAGUCAUGUUUGGUAGUUUGGAUUUCCCAUAACAAAGAAGGGAAUAAAUAUAACUACAAGAUCCAAUCAAUCAUAUCACAGUUGUUGGUACGAUA